AUCCUCCUGGGUGCUGCAUGCAAGUCCUUGACGUCCUGGAAACGAUGGGGAUUGGGAAGAACACCACUUCCAAAUCAGUGGAGGCAGGAGGCUCAGCUGAAGGCAAAUAUGAGGAGGAAUCCAAGCAUCCAACCUUCUUCACCCUGCCUGUGGUGAUAAAUGGUGGAGCAACCUCCAGUGGUGAUCAGGAUACAGAAGACACAGAGCUGAUGGCCAUCUACACCACAGAGAAUGGCAUAGCAGAGAAGAGCUCCUUGGCAGAGACGCUGGACAGCAGUGGCAGUUUGGAUGCCCAGAGAACUGACAUGAUUUACACCAUUGAAGAUGUCCCUCCUUGGUAUCUCUGCAUCUUUUUGGGCCUACAGCAUUACCUGACGUGCUUCAGUGGAACCAUAGCGGUGCCCUUCCUGCUCGCUGAUGCCAUGUGUGUGGGGUUUGACCAGUGGGCCACCAGCCAGCUGAUUGGCACCAUUUUCUUCUGUGUGGGCAUCACUACAUUGUUACAAACAACUUUUGGCUGCAGGUUACCCUUGUUCCAAGCAAGUGCUUUUGCCUUCUUGGCACCUGCUAGAGCAAUCCUCUCCCUGGAGAAGUGGAAGUGUAACAGUACAGAUCUAACAGUUACAAACGGAACAGCAGAGCUGCUUCACACUGAGCACAUCUGGUAUCCCAGAAUCCGAGAGAUCCAAGGUGCUAUUAUCAUGUCCUCCCUGAUCGAGGUGGUGAUCGGCUUGCUCGGCCUGCCCGGCGCCCUGCUGCGCUACAUCGGACCUCUGACCAUCACCCCCACCGUCGCCCUCAUCGGCCUCUCAGGCUUCCAGGCUGCUGGGGAGAGGGCAGGCAAACACUGGGGGAUCGCCAUGUUGACUAUUUUCCUGGUCUUGUUGUUCUCUCAGUAUGCCAGGAAUGUCAAAUUUCCCUUACCCAUUUACAAAUCCAAGAAAGGAUGGACAGCAUACAGGCUGCAGCUCUUCAAGAUGUUCCCUAUCAUUUUGGCUAUCCUGGUGUCCUGGUUGCUCUGCUUCAUCUUCACUGUCACAGACGUCUUUCCCCCUGACAGCUCCAAGUAUGGUUUCUACGCCCGCACCGACGCUCGCCGCGGGGUGCUGCUGGUGGCUCCAUGGUUCAAGGUUCCAUAUCCUUUUCAGUGGGGCCUGCCGACCAUCUCCGCCGCAGGGGUGAUCGGAAUGCUCAGCGCCGUCGUCGCCAGCAUCAUCGAGUCCAUAGGAGAUUACUAUGCCUGUGCCAGGCUGUCCUGUGCUCCCCCUCCACCCAUCCAUGCAAUAAACAGAGGGAUUUUCAUUGAGGGUCUCUCCUGUGUUCUGGAUGGAGUAUUUGGGACAGGGAAUGGAUCCACUUCUUCCAGCCCUAACAUUGGUGUCUUGGGCAUCACCAAGGUGGGGAGCCGCAGGGUGAUUCAGUACGGAGCAGCCUUCAUGCUGCUGCUGGGGAUGGUUGGCAAGUUCAGUGCCCUCUUCGCCUCACUGCCUGACCCCGUGCUCGGUGCCCUCUUCUGCACCCUCUUUGGGAUGAUCACAGCUGUGGGCCUGUCCAACCUCCAGUUCAUAGAUCUGAAUUCUUCUCGUAACCUCUUUGUGCUUGGAUUCUCCAUCUUCUUUGGACUUGUCCUUCCAAGCUAUCUCAAACAAAAUCCCCUGGUCACAGGGAUCACAGGCAUCGAUCAGGUGCUGAACGUCCUUCUCACCACUGCCAUGUUUGUUGGUGGCUGUGUGGCUUUCAUUUUGGACAACACCAUUCCAGGAAGCCCUGAGGAAAGGGGCAUCCGGAAAUGGAAGAAGGGGGUUGGCAAAGGCAGCAAAUCCCUGGAUGGGAUGGAAACCUAUGACCUGCCUUUUGGCAUGAACCUCAUUAAAAAAUACAGAUGUUUCAGCUUCCUGCCCAUCAGCCCAACCUUCCUGGGCUACACAUGGAAAGGCUUCAGGAAAAGCAGCAACUGCAGGAGUUCAGACGAAGACUCAGAAGCUACAGUAUAGCCUUAGCUGAAAAUUCUAUUAUCUAGUGGUAGU